AUCUGCCUGCCCCCAUGGCAUGCACACCUUGAUCAGCUGUACACCAGGCCCUGAAUUCCAGCCUAAGAAAGACAGGACCCCUGGCCCAACCCAGCCCAAAAAGCAACCCCAGGUGCGCCUCCGUGCAGGUGCACAAGUAGGUGAAGGGCGUGUGGAAGUGCUGCUGAAUGGCCAGUGGGGCACCGUCUGUGAUGAUGGCUGGGACCUGGCUGCUGCCAGUGUGGUGUGUCGGCAGCUGGGAUACGGGACAGCACAAGAAGCGCUUCCUGGGGCCCAGCUCGGCCAAGGUCUGGGUCCCAUCCACAUGACUAGAGUGAAGUGUAGGGGUUACGAGCGUUCCCUGGCCGAGUGCCGCUUCCAAGAAGCGAUGCAGAGUGGGUGCCGGCACGAAGCUGAUGCUGCUGUCCGCUGUAAUGUACCCCAGACAGCUGCCCGGCAGCAGGUGCGUCUGGCUGGUGGCCGCAGUCCAGAAGAAGGUGUAGUGGAAAUCCUAGUUCCCAAGGGAAGGACUUCACGCUGGGGUGCCGUGUGUGGGGAACACUGGGGACUCAAGGAGGCCAUGGUUGUUUGCCGCCAAAUGGGGCAUGGCUUCGCUAGUCAUGCUCUCCAGGAGACAUGGUACUGGCAGGGCAAUUCCGAUGCUGCCGAAGUGCUGCUGAGCGGCGUGCGCUGUAAAGGCACCGAAUUCUCCCUCCUCCAGUGCCAGCAUCAUGGGCCUGUGCACUGCCCAACCGGAGGGGGGCGCUUUGCGGCAGGAGUCACCUGCACUAGCAGUGCCCCAGAUCUGGUGAUGAAUGCCCAGCUGGUACAGGAGACAGCUUAUCUAGAGGACCGCCCACUGGACAUGCUGUAUUGCGCUCACGAGGAAGGCUGCCUUUCUGCCUCCGCUGAUCGCAUGCACUGGCCCUACGGCCAUCGGCGCCUGCUGCGCUUCUCCUCGCAGAUCCACAACCUCGGCCGGGCUGACUUCCUGCCCAAAACUGGGCGCCAUGCAUGGAUCUGGCACCAAUGCCACAGACACUACCACAGUAUUGAGGUUUUCACCCACUAUGACUUGCUGACUCUCAAUGGCUCCAAGGUGGCCGAGGGGCACAAGGCCAGCUUCUGUCUGGAGGACACCAACUGCCCAGACGGACUGCAGCGGCGUUUUGCCUGUGCUAACUUUGGAGAGCAGGGCGUCAGUGCAGGUUGCUGGGACACAUACAGGCAUGACAUAGACUGUCAGUGGGUGGACAUCACUGAUGUGGCACCUGGAAGCUACAUGUUUCAGGUUAUUGUGAAUCCCAAGCAUGAGGUAGCAGAAUCAGAUUUUUCCAACAAUGUCCUUCGCUGCCAGUGUCAGUACGACGGACACCGUAUAUGGCUGCAUGGGUGCCAUACAGGUGAUACAUAUGGCGCCAGUGUAGAAUGGGAUGAAGAGGCACAGCAGAGACUGACCAGCAACCUUGUCUGAGGCAGACAGUCCCCAAAAAUGUAGGGUCCUUGCAGGGCCUUGGG